UGCGAUCAUAUCUUGCUCUAUUUUGUGCCGUUGAAAGAGUUUAAUAUCUCGUUUGAAAGAACUUACCGAGUUCUCUUUUUUUUUUUUUUUUUGGAUAAAAUGUAAAUGUAUAUAUCCAGAAAAGUAGCAUUAUAAAAUGCAUCAAAAAGUCAAAAAUAUCUAUCUAAGCUAGUCUAAACUAAGCAAAAAUAGCAUCUAACCAUUCACCCCCACCAUACGGCAGGGGUAGGGAGAGAAAUAUUUUCCAAGCUGGCACAGGACAAUCCCCCGACUCAGCAUCAAAACAAAGUCCAAAAAAAAUCAAAGUAACAAACUGGAAUGAUCUCUAUAGCCCAGCCCACCAAUCAGCAUAGAGACAGCUAAUUAAAGCCAGCCAGCAGCCCUCAGCAGUCCAGAGAGCUCAUCCCAGCAGCGGAUCCAGGCCCAAGGUGCAGCCCCUUCCCAGCCCAAUUCCAGCCCAGAGUCCCAACGCAGGCUAGGUUAAGGCAUCGUUAACUUUCAGCGCCGCAUAGGAGCGGCAUCUUCGAGGAGCUACAGUACCCGACAAGACAGAAGUCGCUGGCAAUCGCAGGCUUGUCGAGGCAUGCCGUUGACUGUGCCGUUCAAACCUCCGGCGAAGCUCCGGCCGGUAACUCUGCACCCUAUUCAAAAGCAUUCCCAUCGCCACGCUUGCAGUAGCACAAAUCAGAAAAGUAACCACCCUCCACCCCCACGAGGCUCCGGCAACAAACCCGGCGGCAAUGGCGGAGGGCAAAUAAGACCCAGCCGGAAAGAAAGCCAAACCGGAGCUCCCCUCUCACCCCAAACCCCCGUUGGACCCCGGCGACCCCCAACGGCAAUGGUAGAAGGCGACAGAGGCGGUAAGACAGUAGCCGGAAAACCCCCUUCUCUAUCCGCCCUUCACCCCGCCAAGUUCCGGCGACCCUAGAGCAGUCCGAUCAGAAAGAGAAAGAGGCAAAAGUGACCAAGCCGGACAAGUAAACAGAACAGAACCAUUUCCCGUAGCCGUCGGACAUCCGGUACCCAUUAACCUCCGGCGAGUCAUCUCUACGCCCCACCGGGCCCUCUGUGAAUCCCUGGACCCCUUAAGCAGUAUCGGGCAUUACCAGGGAGCAUGGCCAGCACCUGUAGAACCCCUCUACAACCUCUCCUACACCGAUGCUUAGCCACGAACGGCCAUCAACUGCGAACAUCGGAAGCUUUCGCCAAGGAGGAGUGCUGGUCAGCAGGAGAUGGGACGAUGGCCGGCCGUGAGAGCUCCAUUAACGGACUGACCCAGAGUUCGGACAGCUUCAAUUCACCAUAGCUACUCACCUGUGGGUAUACCCGGGAAGACCCGAAUCUAGGCUUCCGCCACGGCUAGCCUGAGGAGGAAGACCAACCCAUCCCACAGACGGCGAAGAAAGCCAAACAAACAGUGGUCAAAAUCGGAGGACCAACCGUCUGAACUUGGCCAGUCCAAACUAUGAAAAUGAAAGAGAGAAGACCCUAAGGAUGCGAGAGACAGAGCUUACUUGAAGUUAAUGGGUCCAAUUUCCGGCGAACCACUGCCUUCAGCGAACUUCCCAGCAGCGAACAUUAUCCAGAUCCAGUGAAUCUGAGCCCAAGACCAAUUUCCAAACACCAAACAAAUCAAGAACAUCCCACCUAGGUGGGAUAUUUUCCAAAAAUUCGUAAUGAACAUCAAGAAACCCAGCCCACCGGAGCCAGGAGGGCUCCGGCGGCGGCGACCACCGUGAGUGGCGGCGCCGAGAGGAGGGGGAAGAGAGAGCAACCUAGGAUCGAAAUUCUAGUGAGAGACGCUCUCAACUCUCUCUUUUUCGUUGCAUCGUAGCAUGAUGCAACUUACCGAGUUCUCAAACUUGUUUUCAGGCGCUGGUUUCAAAAUAUCAAGGAUGAUUGCCUAAUUACUAAAAUACAUUGUAUUUACGCUAAAGGUGCUCUAUUUUCGCUGAAAACGCUAAAUCAUAGGGAUAAGGCUAAGUAUUUGUGACACUCAUAUAUUGAUGUGUGUUUACCCGUUUGGACCGUAUUAUAUCUCGUUGGAAAGAUAGAUCGGAGCUCUAAAGUUAUUGUUCCAACUUUAUUUACAAUGCAUUAAUUAAAAGUUACAGAUUAACGAUAUAUUCACAAAUGUUUAUGAUCU